AUGACGUUUCAAUCGUAUAUUUGGCUUAGCGAUUGGGGAACUAAAUUUCAACCAAGUGUUCAGUCUUCAUUACUCUCACAAUGUAAUGCGCCAUCUCUUCUACGAUGUAGUUCAUCGUGUAAUCUCAAUAGAGAAUGUCGCACAUUUGACUAUGACUCUUCGUCACUUCUCUGUCGUCUAUUCGAUGAUACUAUAAAUACAAGCAAUAUCACUUCAUCAGUACAAACUCAACGUAUUGAAUCAGUCACAAUACCUACAAGUUUUUCCAAUAAUUACGGUCAACCUUGUUCGAAAUGUGUUGAAGAUCGAUACCUGGCAUGUUCAGAUUUCGGCACUUGUGAAUGUCCUAUCGGUUCAUGUUGGGAUGGAGCUCAAUGUGAUAAAAGAAACGAUUUCAAUGCUUCUGCCAGUUUGAAUAUAUCCAACUGGUGUAUUCAGCCAGUAUUUGAUAUAUUUUGGCCAUUCAAUGGCAAUACACACGAUUCAAAAAACAAGUACACGAGUGUAUCAUCAGCGGGCAUCUCAUAUAAUACAAGUUAUUGGGGCCUCGGAUUAGCAAUACAUUUAGUUAGAGCAUCAGAGGAAUACGUGAAAAUUCCAUCGGGACAAAUUCUAUUCUAUUCGUCGAGUUUCACGAUUGAAACCUGGAUUUGUUCGAUUGGUUUCACGACAGCUGACUAUGCUAUUUUCGGCCAAUGUCAAGUAAAUAUGACCAACAAAUGUAUGUACUUUCUUGUUCGAAAUUAUAAACUGACUUGUGGCUUUGGAGCCAAUGCCACGUCAGGUGCAACAUCAUUAAGUAUGAAUGUCUACUUAAAUGGCAUACUUGAUGGUUCUCGAUCAUUAUAUUCCUUUCAAGGUUCAUCAGGCGAUACAACUAUUGGUGUUACUUAUGCAAUACCACCAGGCUCGAACUAUUUCAAUGGUUACCUUGAUCUAAUGCAAUUCGUAUCGAGCGCGAAAAAUGCUAGUGACAUUCUACGCGAUGCAACUCUUAUGGCGUACUAUUCAUUUGAUACUAGUUUAACGACUGAUAAUAGUCUGAACGGUAUCAAUACAACGACAAGCGGAAGUCCAAGUCUUGUACUUGUAAGAGUUAAUCAAGCUAUUCAGGUGAAUCCAAAUGCCCUUGUUUAUACUGACUAUGCGUCAUUUCCACCUCUGGAAGUGUCCAAUCAACCGCACACCUAUUUUCUAUGGGUUAAGCCAACGAGCAGCUAUGCAUUGUCAACUAUUUUAUUUGGAAUUGGUGCAACAGGUUGGCGUCUUAGUAUCAUAAUGAUGACAGAAAGUGGCCAUAUCGUGUUGAAUUCGUUUAAUGUUGGUUUGAUAUCUGUGUCAGGUCCUAUUAUUCCUCUCAACACUUGGACUCACGUGGGUGCUACAUAUAGCUCAAUUAACGGCUUCAUACUCUACAUUAAUGGAAUUUUUUAUUCGACUUCAGGAGCUUUCAAGUAUACUACUACUGGUAUUUCUAUCGAUGUAUUCAUAGGAAGUGAUGGGGGCUAUGGGAUCGAUUGUAUAUCAGGCUCUUCAGUUGGAUUUACAGGUUCUUUAGAUGAAUUAUUUAUGUACAGUCGUGAAUUAACAGCAUCAGAAAUGCUUGCAGCAGCUAACCCAUAA